GUUAUAAAUAACAUUGCUUCUUUGUGUGGUGGUGCGCUUGGUGCUCUGAUUGACCGACUUAUACAGUAGUCCCGGACCCUUUUGCCCCUCAAGAGGUUGUGAUUGGUCAAGGGCAAGCCUGUCUGAGCGCAAACCAGAUCCGAUGAGCAACAAGAACGACGACAGCUGAAAUCAACAGAGUAGAAAGACCGCGGUCCCACAGAGACUUGCACAGUUCACUCAUUCCUUUGAAGGGUGCCUUCGGACAAAACCGUUUGCUGUUCACGCUCAGCGUCGGAAAAACUUAGAGAACUCGGUGGUCCAAUCCACUCUCUCAUACUGUCUCAGUGGCUGCUUGAUAGGGAGGGUGUGAUGAGGACUGGCUGGCCCCUCCUUGCUGCAGGGCUGUACUCAGUGCUGUCCCAUGUGGUUCUGGUCCGAGGCUGUCUGGACUCCUGUAAGGAAUGCUCAGGGCUUCAGAAUGAUCUGUGUCUGGAAUGCAGAACAGGCUGGACCCUCCAUGACAACACAUGUGUAGACAUAGAUGAGUGUGGCACAGAGCUGGGCCAGUGUCCCCCCAACACCUACUGCUUCAACACAGAGGGCAACUAUCAGUGCAAAGGCUGUGACCAGGCCUGUGUAGGCUGUAUGGGUGCUGGGCCAGCUCGCUGCAGGAAGUGUGCUGCUGGCUACAGACUAACCGGAGCCAAGUGUUUAGAUAUAGAUGAAUGCAGUGAGCGGGUUCUGGCGUGUUCAGGGCUAGAUGAGAUCUGUACCAAUUUGGAUGGUUCUUUCCUCUGUGACUGUGCUGAAGGCUUCACACGCAAAAACAACGUCUGUGUGCAGAAAAAGCUACCCAGAGGUGUUGGUGAGAAGGGUCUGUUUGAGGACGUCCAGGAUGAAGAGGUGGAGGUUCUCCAGCAGAUGUUCUUUGGGGUGCUGCUCUGUGCUUUGGCCACCCUGGCUGCUAAAGGAGACAUGGUCUUCACCUCCAUCUUCAUGGGUGGAGUGGCGGCCAUGGCUGGAUACUGGCUCAUAGACAGGGGAGACCGCGUAUUGGACAGCUUUCUGAAGGGACGCUAGAGCUACACUGCUGUCAAGGACUUAUUAGCAUAACCUGUUGGUAUGCACAGUGAUUUAGCAAACUAUCAACGAAAAGUCUUCAUUACUCUGGUCCACCCUCCUGCUUCUCUUUGGAACUCCUUCAAGACUGUUGGAAAAGCAUUCCUCAUGAAGCUGGUUGAGAGAAUGCCAAGAGUGCGCAAAGCUGUCAUCAAGGCAAAGUGUGGCUACUUUGAAGAAUCUCAAAUAUAAAAUAUAUUUUGAUUUGUUUAACACUUUUUUGGUUACUACAUGAUUCAAUAUGCGUUAUUUCAUAGUUUUGAUGUCUUCACUAUUAUUCUACAAUGUAGAAAAUAGUAAAAAUAAAGAAAAGACCUGGAAUGAG